AUGGGUUUUCGCUUACCAGGAAUUAUUAGACGAUCAUCAUUUAGUGCAAGCAAAUCUUCUUCCAAGGUGUUGGAAGUUCCAAGAGGGUAUCUAGCAGUGUAUGUUGGAGAAAACAUGAAGCGGUUCUUGAUUCCAGUGUCCUUCUUGAACGAGCCUUUAUUUCAAGAAUUGCUGAGCGAAGCUGAAGAGGAGGUCCACAUUGAAUAG